CCAUUCUCGACCUACUUCCGUGAUGGUUGUAAUUAUUCGACGUUUCUUCGACGCCUGGAUUUUCCGGUGAUCUUUUCUUCUUCGAUCAUCUGACAGGUAUGUCGCCAAAGCAUGCUUGCCACAUGGUACCCUUUUCCACGACUCCGUUGUCUAUUCCUUUGGCGCGCGCGUGCAUACCCAUACCCCUUUCUUCACUUUACUUAAUGUAUACACGUUUGGCGGAAGAAGUUCUGGUUACAAAUAAUUGCGGAGGAAAAUCAGGCUUGCCGGAGGCUUUAGGCUCGAAGGCAUUGAUGAGAUUUAUGAUAGCAUGGUAGCAUUUUGCGAGCGACGUUGGAGAACCAAGGCAUUUGAGCAAUUCAAUUCUGUUUCACACACAA